AUGAAUCAAACUGGUAAGCCUCCAAGUGGUACCUCUCAACAAUACAACAACAAAUCUAAAACAGCUUCACCUCCUGGUACACCUGGUUAUAUGACUCUACGACAACCAUCUCGUGAAUUAACACGUGAAAAUCCUGUUGAAUUAUUACGAAGAACGGCAAAUGGUAGUAAAGAAGUACCUAAUUCAAAUAAUACUUCAAUGACAGAUUCACGUAAUAGUUCUCGUAAUGUCGGUCGUGAACAAUCACGUAAUGCAUCACGUGAAUCAAGUUUAAAUAAAGUAUCGGCAACAUCAGCAUCAACAGCAAACAAUUCAUUUGAUGAAGAAAAAACAACAACACGUGUACAUGCAUUAAUUGGAGAAUAUACAGAAUAUUAUUCUGAUAAUAAUAAUCGAUUCGUUCUUAAAGCCGUAAAAGAUUUAUCUGAUUUUUGUACAUCUAAUACAAAUCAACAAGCAAUUAUUGUUCGAGAAUUAUUUACAAAGGUAUUAGAAGGCAAACCACGUGCAAGAAAAGCUAUUGGACAUUUACUUGAUAUGACAUUACAAAAAAAUCUUAUAUCUGAUCAAAGUUUUCUAUCUGGUUUAAAAAUGUUAAUUGAAGUUGUACCAGAUUAUAUAGUAGAUAUUUCACUUGUUUGGCAAUAUAUUGGUGAAAUUCUUGGAGCAUUUAUAAGUGGUUCAUCAUUAAAUAUAUUAUUGCUAAAAUCUAUUUUGCCAUUAAUACCAGAUGAAGUAUCUAAACAAUUAUUUCAAGAUAUUAUUCGUUAUGCAGUUGAAUUUUCUUCUAAAUCACGUGUACAAACAAAUUGGCAAUCUGUUAAUAUUUCAUUAAAUGAUUUGUUUGAAUCAAAUUCCAUUGAUUCAUCAUUUCUUAAUGAAUAUAAUUGGUUAUCAGAUUCAACAGGAUCAAAUAAGGAAAAUAAUUUACCACGUGCUAAUUCACAAUUAGUUACAUUAUUUAAAUCCGUUAAUGAUCAAGAUUCAGCAGUACCUGAUGCUGAAAUAAUAAAAUAUAUUCGUGAAGAAAUGAAUUCUAAAGAUAAAUUUUAUAUUCGUACUAUUGUUUUAUCUUAUUUGGAAACAUGUUUAAUCAAUCGUGGACAACAAAUUAAAAUACAAGAAGAUAUUGCCAAAAAACGAAUGACAGUUCUUAAUGGUAUUAUUGAACAUAAACCAGAAGCAGAACUUCAAGCUGUUUAUGCUAUUCAAAAUUUUGUUAGUAAACUUAAACAUCCACCAAAAAUGGCUCAAUUAUUAUUUGAUAUAUUCUAUGAUGAAGAAUGUGUGAGUGAAGAUACAUUUUAUGAAUGGUUAAAUCAACCUGAUCAAUCCGAAAUUGAAGAACAUUCAAUAGUAGCAGUAUCAACAAAAGAUUUCUUUGAUUGGUUACAACAACGAGAAACUGAAGGAGAGGGCGAUGAAGAAUAA